AUGUGUGACAUAAGCGAUACAAGAAAAUCACGACGGAAGCAAUGCACUCCAUCCCGUCAUUCUAAUGCUAUUGUAACUUUAAUUACGGAUGAUAACAAUGAUAGGAUCGUUGAGAGUGGAACGACCGGUAAUGGAACUAUAACGCUACUACAAUGUCGAAAAAGUAGUCAAGAAGAGAGUGAUAGCGCAGGUUUGCUUGAAUGCGAACAAUAUUUGCAGCGGCCGGGCACCGAUCUAAUACAGCGAUUAUCUCCCUCUACAGCAUCUUCAACAUCAUCCUUAUCAACAUCUGUUGAUAGCAAUAGUCUAUCAUUUGAUGCUUAUCGUAAAGAAAUGUUAACCGAUCAAUGCAUCAAUCCGACGCAUGCAUUAUAUCUUCCUGUUGCAUUCCAUAAUCAUUCCGUCAACAGCGUUCAGGUAUUGGGUUAUCCACAAACGUUAAUUCCAGUUGCGAUACAUCCUCAUGCCCAAAAUAUUCUUAAGCCAUGUUUAUUUAUCGAUGAAUUUAUGGCUCGCAAUAUCACAAUUCCAAAUCAGAUCUGUUUCGGUGAGACACGAUGUCUUAUAAAUGUCACUGCCAUACAGCAACAGCCAUAUUCACAAAAUCCAUCAACAUCCAGCACUCUUUUUCAUAAUAAUAAUUGUGAGAAAAGGAAAGGAAUGGUAUCGAAUGGUAUAAGAAAAAAGCGUAAAUCGUCCAAUGAUUUAAAACCAUUAGAUUUAACAGUACGCAUAAAACAAUUUAAACAACAACAAAAUGCUCAUAGUGGUAGCAGUAAUUGUGAUAGCACUGAAGAAGAUAAUAAUUCUACAGGUGAAAAAUUGUUACCUUCCGAACCGGAUAAGAAAUAUCGUUGUGAUUGUGGUGUGUCAUUCAGUAGUGAAAUAACAUUGAAUGGACAUAAGAAAUAUUAUUGUCAUAAUAAUGCUAAUCAAACAGCGCCAUUCCGGGAACCACAACGAAAAAUAGCAUAUCACUGUCAACAAUGUGACUUCCUACCAGUAAGCGCUAGUCAAUUAGCUCAACAUGUUCGGGUAAAUCAUGCUCCAAUUCAGGCUUAUGUUUGUCAAAUUUGUGGUUACAAAGGUUAUUCACAACGAGGUAUUCGAUCACAUCUUAGGACUCAUACGGAAUAUGCCGAUGAAAAACCGGAAGAUCUAAUCAACUCACACGUUCAUUUCAUAACUGCAGAAACGAAAUCAGCGCAAUGUAGUAACUGUCACAAAAAUAAAUGA